AUGAUCGUGCCAGACAUAGGAGUGAGGGCUAACGUGCGCCGCCAUUGUGCAUCAGCAUCCUCCAUGGCUACCAGAGACCACCGCCAUCACUCCACGAAGAAGACUUCUCUCACCCCCGUCCUCUUCCUUUCCGUUUCCCUCCUCGGCGUCGCCUCUCUAUUCGUCGCUCUCUCUUUCUUCAGAGUCUCCUCCUCCGGUCCCUCUCUCCCUCCCGACCACCGGAACUUCGAGCUCGACUCCGCCGGAGUUGGCGAGACGGAGAAGCGUGAAGCAGGUGGAGCCUGCGAUUACUUGGAUGGGAAGUGGAUCUACGAUCCGGCGGCCGGACCGUCACGGUACGACCACACUUGCAAGGAGAUCUACAAGGGCUGGAACUGCAUUGCGGGUAACAAAUCCAACGCUAUUGACAUUGUCAAGUGGCGGUGGAAGCCUCAUCACUGUGAUCUGCCGCAGUUCGAUCCUAUUCAAUUUCUCCAACGCCACAUAGACACUAACAUUGGUGAUGUCAGAAAGUGGCGUCCUGCUGGAGCUGACCGCGGAUUUACCUUUCUUCAGUACAACCUUACCAUUGCAUAUCACAGGACAAAUCUGUUGGUGCGUUAUGGUAGGUGGUCAGCCAGCAUUAAUGGUGGUGCCCUAGAGUCUAUUGGGUAUAAAGAGGGAUAUAGAGUUGAUGUUGAUGUUCCAGAAAAAACAUGGGCAGAGGCUGUGAGGUUCCAUGAUAUCCUUAUAUUUAACACAGGACACUGGUGGUGGGCUCCUUCAAAAUUUGACCCUGUAAAAUCACCCAUGCUUUUCUUUGAAAAGGACUUGCCUGUGGUGCCCCCGGUACCUCCUGAUGUUGGCUUUGACAUGGUUCUACAACACAUGGUACCAUUUGUGGAGAAACGAAUAAAACCAGGUGCAAUCAUAUUCUUUCGUACACAAUCCCCGCGCCAUUUUGAAGGAGGCGACUGGGACCAAGGUGGUUCUUGUCAGCGGUCGCAUCCUCUGUUGCCACAAGAGGUCGAAGAAAUUUUCUCCCCGACGAACAAUGGAACUAACGUGGAGACGCGCCUGGUGAACCAGCAUCUGUACAAAGCCCUCGACAGCUCUCAAUUUAUCGUGUUGGACAUUACCCGGAUGACUGAGUUCAGAGCCGACGCCCAUCCAGCCGCGGCUGGUGGGAAGAAGCAUGACGAUUGCAUGCAUUGGUGCUUACCAGGAGUUACCGAUACUUGGAAUGACUUGUUCAUAGCUCAUCUGAACGACAUCAAGGUUAGAAACUGAGAGGUAACCAUUCUAAUCUUUCAACAAAAUUGAGCCCCCUAGAAUUUGUUGGUUGUCGACAUUAAGUAGGCAUAUGAGUUCCCAUUUACAGUUGGUCUGAGUUCGGAUAAAGAAAGAGUUCCCAUUUACAGUUGGUCUGAGUUCGGAUAAAGAAAGAGGGUUACGCUAGGUAGACAAUUAACUAUUGUUUGCUCAUCAGAUUAAACAACAUGAAUUUAUAUUAGUCACACACUCGAUUUGAUCUGUAUGUAUUUUAUUUUGCAAUAACAGUCGGUCUUGAAUCAUGAAAUGUGAUGCUUGAAGUCUUCCAUUUCCAAUUUUCCAUUCAGGAAA